AUUUUCCCUAAAUUAAAACACACACAUUACACAGUGUAUACCAUACUCAUCUGCUGUAACUGGUGAGGUUUGGGAUGGCUUCCUCCUCCCUCACCAUUUACUUGUCUCACCGAACACCUCGGAAAUCACUUCUACAUUGUAGCCGUGGUGUUUACAUGACUAAAUUGUACUUGCCCAACACGACCAACCAGUUUCAUUUCAGACCACUCUGUUGUGUUAAUGGCGGCGCCCAGAAUGCGGAUGUUUCAAGUUCCGAAAAUGAUUGCACAAAAAUUGAAGGAGAAAGGAAUGCCAGUCCUGGACAAACAGCACUCACAUCCACAGAGAUGUUGGAGAAACUGAGGAGCUAUGGACUUGCAGGAUUACUAUCAUAUGGCCUAUUAAAUACUGCUUAUUACUCUUUUACCUUCCUACUGGUGUGGUUCUAUGUUGUACCAGCACCUGGAAAACUUGGUUAUCUCGCAUCUGUCAAAAGAUUUUUCAAGUUACUAGCAAUGGUAUGGGCAGGUAGUCAAGUCACCAAACUAAUCCGGGCAGCCGGGGCUUUAGCACUUGCACCUUUUGUUAAGAAGGGAUUGUCAGGGUUCACUCUCAAGUUCAAGUUUCAGUCAGAAGGCAAGGCUUUCAUGGCAAUUGUUGGAUGUUGUUUUGGGUUGGCAAUGGCUAUAUUUCUUAUUGUGACUUUGCUUUGGGCAUAAUGCUACUUCACCAGUUUAAAAAUAAUGCUACCUUGCCAGUUGGAAUUAUUUAUUGUAACCAUGUAUCAGUCCAUAUGAUACUCUAAUUACGACUUGGUAGAUUAAUUCAAGUUACUCCAAGUCUCUAACUGCGAGAAACAGACAGUACUCUUUGCAAUAUUAUACCGCCUUAUACUUUAAUUGCACGAA